UAAGGACUUAAAACCUGUUUCUGCUUAUUUACACCAAGCAGCGUCGCUGGACGGUCAGAGGCUCAGGCUAACUCACCAGUCCAUGUUUAAAACGCACUUUAGUCUUGAAGAGAAGCAGACGCGAUGUUCUCAAACUGCACACCGCAGAACACCAGCAACGCCGAAAACCUAACCGACGUGUACGAGGCGGCGCGGUGGAUACAGCUCUCCAUGGCCGUCCUGAGCAUUGUCGGCUCAGGAUCCAUCUUGGUGUUUUCAGCUUCACAGAAACUCUUUCAAUCGCAGGAGGUGCGCCCCCUGCUGCUCCUCAGUGCGGCGGACCUCCUGCUGGCUGUCAGCUGGCUGGUGGGGGCCGCUCUCUACACCCCGGACCCCGAGACACACCCCGCCUGCUGCCACCUACACACUGUGGAGCAGAUCCUCUACACGACGUCCUUCUCCUACACGCUCCUCUACGUGUGGAGGCUGCUCUCCGACCUCAUGGGUCAGGAGGCCAGCAAUGUGCUGUCACCUAAAAUCCUCGCUGUGGUUGCAGGGCUCCUCCCCUGGCUGCUCAUGUCUCCAGUGUUGAUCAAGGCUAACCUCCUCCGCUGCUACGCUAACUGUAGCCAACCCUACAGGUGUCUCCUGAUGCAGACGGGGCCCCUGUGCCUGGGCGGCGAGCAGGGAGACUGCUGGCUGCUCCACGCCUACCGCGACCUCAUCUUCCUCCUCACCUUCCUCAUCACCCUCGUCGGCAUCACGGUGCUGAUGGAGAAAGCCCGGCGCAUUCACAGACGGGUCGUGACCUCCGGGGGUUUCCUAGGCGACAGGCAGUGGGCCAAUCUGAGGAUGCUGGACCGACGCAUGCUGCUCUACCCCGCUGUGUUCAUCUUCUGCUGGGGUCCAGCCGUGUGUGUGACCGCCCUGAGCUGGAUCCGGCCCGCGGCCCUGCAAGGCGCCCUGGCCGCCGCGCUCUACCUCCUCCAGGUAUUAAACAUCAUCAACCAUGGAGCAUAUUAUACACACACCGACACACACACACACACACCGGCGUGUUGGCCUUGGUUCCCCCCUGAGUGUCCCCGUGUCUCUGGCCAGGCGCUGGCGUCCGGGUCCCAGGGCGUCCUCAACAGCCUGGCGUACGGCUGGACGCGCUCCCGGUUCCGCGAGGCCGGGCCGAGGCGGUCGGAGCUGCAGGACGCCACCACCCAGACGCCCCUCCUCCGCGCCCAGAGGCCCGGGUACCGCACGCUGGGGCCGGACAGAGGGGCCCCCCCCGGCCCGCCCCGGGGCCGGAGCCCCAGCCCACACACCUGAGACCGGAGCGCACGACCCGCCCGGGACCGGACCCCACGACCCGUCUGAGACCGGAGCCCACGACCCACCUGAGACCGGAGCCCACGACCCGCCCGGGACCGGACCCCACGACCCGCCCGGGACCGGACCCCGAGACCCACCUGAGACCGGACCCCACGACCCACCCCGGGUCCCCAGAGUCCGCCAGGACCCUAACACCCGCCCGGACCCCACAACCCACCAGGACCCCAGAGCCCACGAGGAUCCCAGAUUCCAUCAGGACCUCAGAUCCUGGUGGAAUCUGGGGUCCUAGGGGGCUCAUUCAGGUAGAGCCUGUUCUUCUCCUCUGGUCUGGGUCCGGGGUGGACCCAGGUCCAGGUCCGGGUCAGAGGUGGACCCAGGUCUGUGUCCGGGGUGGACCCAGACCUUGGUCCGGGUGCGCAGUCCUGUUCUUGAUUGUGUAACAAUGUAAACACGGUGGCUAGAAGCCGCGCGGUAGCACGCGUCCCUGGUCCUUUGUCUGAUUCCCACAAUGACGUUCAUGGCUGAGAUCCAAAGCUGAGGGAUUCUGGGGGACCGAGAAAUUGACCAAUCGUGUGGAAACACAAAGAAACCUGUCAUCAUUGCGCCCAGCGAGGUCAUGUGACCUUCAGCAUCCGAGGGAACCCGACCGCACACACAUAGACACCCCACCCCCCCAUAGAGACACACACACUCAGACAAACACACAAACACACACACACAUACACACAAACACACACACACUCACACAAACACACACAAACACCCUCACAAACACACACACACACACAAACACACAUGCCCAACGUUGCUGACAGCAAAUCAAUUUUCCAAACCCGUUUUUCAUAGUUGAACCUUUCCGCAGUGAUUUAGCACAGUAACAGUGUGACGGAGAUAUAUAUCUGACAUGUUACUGUUCUCUCUGAACUGUACUGUAUAGGAGCGUAGGAAUGUUAAUGGUAGCCAUGGUGAUUGGUCAGUAAUUCAUUGUUUGUUCAUUGUCUAAUUAUUUGUCCUUAUACUGACAAUUUUGUGUUUGGAACUGUAACAGCCGUUCUCAUGCAGACGUGCUAAAACAUUUUGAUUCAGCUAAGUCACCGUGUAUUUACAUUACUCCAAUGCUCUCCAGGCAUUACAAAAUGGCGGGGUAUCCCAACAACAAAUCCCAUGACGCACUCUGAUGUACAAGCCCCAUAGAGCCUUCGGUUAUUCUCUGAAGCUGCCUCUAGAUGUUGGGAGAACUCAAAGAAAGGACUAAACAAACACGAUUUAUGUAUGCAUUAAUUUAUUUGAAUCUGGUUGAGUGAAAUAAUGGUGAUUUGUUGAAUGUUGAUUUUGCUGGUGAAGACGUGUCACUCGUUUCACUCCCGAAAGGGAGUCAUCAUCCGAGUAGUCGCGUCUCGACAGUUAUUGAAGAGCAGACAGUAUUUGGAACCCCCAUCUGCCACGAAGUCAGCAACAGUCUUCUUCCCCUUGAAAUUGUUCUUUUUAAUAGUCUAGACAACAAAUACAUAAAUAAGGAUGUGAGGCUACAACAUUA